GGGGCCAGAAGAGAGGAGUGAUCAACCUGAGAGUUUAAACAAACCAGAGAGCCGGCAGGGCAGAGCAGAGCUCACACACACUUCCACAGACAACACUCACACAGCUGCUGAGCGCUGAGGAAACUCUACUGAGCUCGUACCGGAGAGCCGAGCUGAGACAGAAGACUGAGUGAGACAUCUGUACCUGGAAAGCAGAGUUUAUUGAAGGAGAGGCAGUCCAGGAUAUCCCAGGAAGAAGCUGAAGGAGUGGGGAUAGAACAGACUAGACUUUUGCCCCCCUUGCAAACUUUCACCUCCCAACCCUUGUCCCCCCUCCAGCCAAACCCUCAGCACUCUGACUGAAGCUACACAUUCUCCAGUGACCAGAGGAUCUCUGAGACUGAGAGGCUGUCUCUGUUACCAAUGGAAGCCCCAACCCUGGCUAACAUGGGAGACUUGUGCCACCCCCGGUCUUCCUCUCCAGAGGGGGAAACUGUGUGUGCAGCUCUAGCCCGUUAUGAGAACACUCUCCGGGAUGCCAUCAGGGAGAUCCACGUGGACGUCAGCGCUUUUAAGCUGGGCAUGGAGCGUCGCCUGGAGGAGACAGCCAACCUGAGCGGGCCUCUUGGACGAGCUGUGGCUCAGCUCCAGCAGGAGAACCGGCAGCUCAGGAGUCAGCUGGAGGCUCUCACCCGACAGGUGGAGCUCCUGAGUGGGAUGACGUGUGACAGGAGCACCUUGCUUAACAACAGCCACAAUCACAAUCAGAAUCACAAAAAUCACCUUAGUGACAUUCAGGAGAACCAUCAGGAGAUGAAGGAGGUGAUCUACGGGAAGGGUCAGGCUCACACUCACACUCAGAGCCAGGCUCAACUCCACAUCCAGCCCUGCAGCCUGGGGAGCCAAGCCCAGACCUACAGUGGCCUCAGCAGCCAGUCCAGUCCUGCGUCCCCGCCUGCAACCCUCUCAUCCUCCCCCGGCUCCAGCAGUCCCCCUGUGGGCUCCAGAGUUUCCUCCAUGGUGACCGGCCCAGUGUCAAGCAGCAGCCCAUCCACCACCCGCUUCUCCAGCCGAGCCACGUUUGCUGUGUCCAGCAAGACUAAUAGUAUUGAGCGAGAGGAGCCAAUAGAGGUGGACCCCGCCCCAACACACGCUGGAUUGGAGAAUGGACACGCUACAGAACAUUCAGCGCUGGUACACGGAAAGAUCUCUCCAUCCAGUGACUUUCUGCAUGAGCACACGGCUCCUGUCGCCAUGAGGAUGCCGCACCUCCCCAUCACCGCUACAACCAAGACGGCAGAAGUUAAGGGCCCCGACUCUCCCAGCAGCCCUGUUGGUUCUCGGUCCUCUCUGGUCAAUGAGGUCUCACCUACCGGCCAAUCAGCUGCCAGCACCAAAGAGACCCAACCAACAGAGGAGCCUCCAAUUCAACCAGUAUCUUCUACAUGGACCCCUACACCUAUCAGAGCUCUGGGAUCUCCCCGCCUUCAAGAGAAGGCAAAUUCAGCCCCCACUAAGUCUGUGACCUAUUCGGGGCUGCUGCAGCAGGACAGAGAUGGCGAUGUCAGCAGCGACAGAUCCUUCGGGCAGGUGGGAGAAAGGAGGAGGGAGCUGGUGAGGUCACAGACUCUGCCACGUAACAUCGGCGCUCAGGCUCGUCGCUCUAUCUUUGAAAGACUGGACUCUGAAGCCAGCAACAGUCGCCCCAAGCCAGUGGACUCUAAACCAAAACUCAAGCGGUCCCAGAGUUUUGGGGUGUCCAGUGCCAGCAGCAUCAAGCAGAUCCUUCUUGAGUGGUGCCGCUCCAAGACCAUAGGCUACCAGAACAUUGAGAUCCAGAACUUCUCGUCCAGCUGGAGUGACGGGAUGGCUUUCUGCGCUCUGGUCCACUCCUUCUUCCCCACUGAGUUUGACUACAAUUCUCUUUCCCCUGCCAAUCGCAAACACAACUUCGAGCUGGCCUUUGGGACUGCAGAAGUGAAGGCAGGCUGCGACCGGCUGAUCGAGGUGGAGGACAUGAUGAUCAUGGGUCGUAAACCGGACCCCAUGUGCGUCUUCACCUACGUCCAGUCCCUCUACAACCACCUGCGCAAGUUUGAGUGAAGCUCAAAAGCAGAGGGUCCGAUUUGAUGCACAGCCCUCCUUUAAGACUCAUCCUACUUCAACCUCUUCUUCUUUCUCUGUACCCAACUUGGAGCUGAGGGGAGAUCCAGAGCUGGCAGGGGAGCGCUUUGAAAAGACUACACUGCCCCCUGGUGGUGGUUUAGUGAGCAUUGCUCCACAGGCUGCAGGAAGAGUGCUCACAGAUGCACAGUGGACUCAUAGGGAGGGUGCUGCGAUGUUAUCUGUAAUGAAGAAGAUGAAUCUACACACAAAUGUCAGGGUUGGUCUGUCAGCAGUAUUUUCUGUGUGUGUAUGUGUGUGUGUGUAGUUGAGUGCAACUAUUGCUGUGUUGUAUAAAUUGUUAUUAUCAUCACGUGUGUUUGAAAGUGAGUAUCCACAUUAAUCUUUGAUAUUGCACCAAUGUAGAAGAUGUAUGCUUUACAAAUGUCACUGAAUAACUGAACUGUAGGCGAGUGUUUGUGAGGAAGCAGAGCACACUGUGGGGCAGAAUAUCUAACAAAAUAUUUGUGAAAUGGAGCCGAUUGCUGAUUGAUAUUUACGUCCGCACAUGCUGUGAUAUUGUGCUGUUGAGAUGAUGUUGAGAUAUGGAAAAUGAAAUCAAUAAAUUGUACUGUUUGACACCUAAA